GAUUUUCCUUCCUCUCACAUUGGUGGGAGAACAUUUCUUCUAUAAAUUGAAUACACACUUCACUUUUUCCUCCAUUUUCGAUUCACUUUCAAUUAAAACCCAACACUUUUUUCCAGCACGUUUGGCAGAAUUAAGAACAGUGAGUGUAGCCAUGAUAGUAAAACCAGCAAGCAGAAUUCCAGUGAUCUAAGUAUCAGAACGAUCCAACAAUCAUGAAGAAGUUACGGGAUGCUGCUAGUGCUAAAGGGAAGAAGCCUGCUGUUGCUAUUUCAAAGGGAAAAAAAAAAGGAAGUUGUGAAAAGAGAACCAUUACCAGAGGGGAUGAAAUACGUGAUCAAAACUGUUUUACAUUAUCCACCGAGGUUUGGCAUUUCGUGCAACCGUAAUUUUGUGACCGAUGUUGAGUACUUUAUGGGUAAAAAUGUGCUCAAUAUGUUUAAGGAGAUAUGCUUUGGUGCGUUUGUUGAUAUGCCUAAAUCAAAUUUUCAAGGUCAAAUAACCAAAUGUUUGUUGAUGAUUGAGUGUAAACGAGAUAACCCAAAUGAAUUUCAUGUUUAUGUCAAGAAAACGGCUUUGAAAUUUUCUAUAUUUGAAUUUGAUCUCAUUAGUGGUCUGAAUUGCACCUCAAACAUUGAGGACUUUCAGUAUCCGGUUUCAGGUGGCUCUGUGUUAAUGACAAAGUAUUUUUCAAAGGCAAAAAAUAGAAUCUCCAAAAAAAAUUUGUUGAACGGUAUAAGAUGGAAAAUUUUGACAAUGAUCAGGAUGCAUUGCGAAUGACCAUAUUAUUUUUCAUUCAUACGUUUUUGUUAUCUGAAACUGAUGAUGCAGCUGUUAAUUUUAUAGAAUUCAAUAAGGUCGAGGAUGGUCGAUAUGAACAAUAUCAGUGGGGAAAGAUUGCUUUCAACUAGUUGAUGAACUCAUUGAGACAAGACUUUUUUGUUUAAAAGCAGCUUUAUUGUUUAGGAGAAAUGCCACAUGUUCUCAACGUCUGGAUCUACGAAUGUUGUUCUGAAGUAGAUAAAGACAUUGCUUUCCAUAUUGAUAAUCGUAUCUCGGGGAUAUGUAACUAGUUUGUUGUUGGAAUAAAGCCUAAAUUCGAGAAGUUCAUGAAUGAAAUAUUUAGCUAGGUAAUUUCUAGUUAUUUUUAAUCUCUUUUUGUAUUUUAUGUUGCACACAUGAAAUUUUCUUUUAUAUUUCUAAUAUAUAUUUUCUUGUAAAUAUAUGAU